GGUUCUGCCACCGCCCCCGCCCCGCAGCGGUGUGUCCGUCCGUUCGUCCGUCCCAGUGUGAGUGGUGCCGGGACGUGGGGAGGGAGCGUUGGGAGAGGCUGGAGGGGGUACUGGUGUCUUAAGGAACUGGAGCCAUGACGGACUCCAAAUACUUCACGACCAAUAAAAAAGGAGAGAUUUUUGAACUGAAGGCUGAACUCAAUAAUGAAAAGAAGGAGAAAAGGAAAGAAGCUGUGAAGAAGGUUAUUGCAGCCAUGACUGUGGGGAAGGAUGUCAGCUCUCUCUUUCCUGAUGUUGUGAACUGCAUGCAGACUGACAACCUGGAGUUGAAGAAGCUGGUGUAUCUGUACCUGAUGAACUACGCCAAAAGCCAGCCAGACAUGGCCAUUAUGGCUGUCAACAGCUUUGUGAAGGAUUGUGAGGAUCCAAACCCUCUCAUCCGUGCUCUGGCCGUCCGCACCAUGGGAUGUAUCAGGGUGGACAAGAUCACAGAGUACUUGUGUGAGCCUCUUCGCAAGUGUCUGAAGGAUGAAGACCCUUAUGUUCGUAAGACUGCGGCUGUGUGCGUGGCGAAGCUGCAUGACAUCAAUGCCCAGAUGGUGGAGGACCAGGGAUUUCUGGAUUCUCUGCGUGACCUGAUUGCAGACUCCAAUCCUAUGGUGGUAGCGAAUGCUGUUGCUGCUUUGUCAGAAAUCAGCGAGUCGCAUCCCAACAGCAACCUGCUGGACCUGAACCCUCAGAACAUCAACAAGCUGCUGACAGCGUUAAAUGAAUGCACAGAGUGGGGGCAGAUCUUCAUUCUGGACUGCCUGUCCAACUACAACCCCAAGGAUGAUCGUGAAGCUCAAAGUAUUUGUGAGCGGGUGACUCCUCGGCUGUCCCAUGCCAACUCAGCAGUGGUUCUGUCAGCAGUGAAAGUUCUGAUGAAGUUCCUGGAGCUUCUCCCCAAGGACUCAGAUUAUUACAACAUGCUGCUGAAGAAGCUUGCUCCUCCACUGGUUACCUUGCUGUCCGGAGAGCCUGAAGUCCAGUAUGUUGCCCUGAGGAACAUCAACUUGAUUGUGCAGAAAAGGCCUGAAAUCCUGAAGCAGGAAAUCAAGGUGUUCUUUGUGAAGUACAACGACCCUAUCUACGUGAAGCUGGAGAAACUGGACAUCAUGAUCCGCCUGGCUUCUCAAGCAAACAUUGCCCAGGUCCUGGCAGAGCUGAAGGAAUAUGCUACUGAGGUGGAUGUUGACUUUGUUCGCAAGGCUGUUCGAGCUAUUGGACGCUGUGCCAUCAAGGUUGAGCAAUCUGCAGAGCGCUGUGUGAGCACGCUGCUAGACCUCAUUCAGACCAAGGUCAACUACGUCGUCCAGGAGGCCAUUGUGGUCAUCAGGGACAUCUUCCGCAAGUACCCCAACAAGUAUGAAAGCAUCAUUGCCACCCUGUGUGAGAAUCUGGAUUCCCUGGAUGAACCAGAUGCCAGAGCUGCCAUGAUCUGGAUAGUGGGUGAAUAUGCAGAACGAAUUGAUAAUGCAGAUGAACUGUUGGAGAGUUUUCUGGAGGGCUUUCAUGACGAAAGUACUCAGGUGCAGCUCACCCUUCUGACUGCUAUAGUGAAGCUGUUCUUAAAAAAGCCUUCUGAGACACAGGAGCUGGUUCAGCAGGUCCUCAGCCUAGCCACACAGGAUUCUGACAACCCAGACCUGCGGGACCGUGGCUACAUCUAUUGGCGCCUUCUUUCCACUGACCCAGUGACUGCCAAAGAGGUGGUCUUGUCAGAAAAGCCACUGAUCUCUGAGGAGACUGAUCUGAUUGAACCCACUCUGCUGGAUGAGCUGAUCUGCCAUAUUGGGUCUCUGGCUUCUGUGUACCACAAACCGCCCAAUGCUUUUGUGGAAGGGAGCCAUGGGAUUCACCGCAAGCACUUGCCAAUUCACCAUGGAAGCACUGAUGCAGGAGACAGCCCUGUGGGGACAACAGCCACAACAAACCUGGAGCAGCCUCAGGUCAUCCCAUCGCAAGGCGACCUGCUGGGUGACCUGCUCAACCUGGACCUGGGACCCCCUGUCAACGUUCCCCAGGUGUCCUCCAUGCAGAUGGGUGCCGUGGACCUCCUGGGAGGAGGGUUGGACAGCUUGCUUGGCAGUGACCUUGGCGGGGGCAUUGGAGGAAGUCCGGCAGUGGGGCAGACCUACAUUCCCUCUUCUGUGCCAGCCACUUUUGCCCCUUCACCCACCCCAGCCGUGGUGAGCAGUGGACUCAACGAUCUCUUUGAGCUCUCAUCUGGUAUAGGCAUGGCUCCCGGAGGAUAUGUGGCUCCCAAGUCUGUUUGGUUGCCUGCAGUGAAAGCUAAAGGACUGGAGAUCUCAGGCACAUUCAGUCAUAGGCAGGGACACAUCUACAUGGAGAUGAACUUCACCAAUAAGGCUUUGCAGCACAUGACUGACUUUGCCAUUCAGUUCAACAAGAACAGCUUUGGGGUCAUCCCAAGCACUCCAUUGGCCAUUCACACCCCUCUGAUGCCAAACCAAAGUAUUGAUGUCUCUCUGCCCCUCAACACCCUGGGACCAGUUAUGAAAAUGGAGCCUCUGAACAACCUCCAGGUAGCUGUGAAAAACAACAUUGAUGUCUUUUACUUCAGCUGCCUAAUUCCUCUCAACGUGCUUUUUGUGGAGGAUGGCAAAAUGGAGCGCCAGGUCUUCCUCGCGACUUGGAAAGACAUUCCAAAUGAAAAUGAGCUGCAGUUCCAGAUUAAAGACUGCCACCUGAAUGCUGACACUGUCUCCAGCAAACUGCAGAACAACAACGUCUACACCAUUGCCAAGAGGAACGUGGAGGGUCAGGACAUGCUCUACCAGUCCCUCAAGCUCACCAAUGGCAUCUGGAUCCUGGCUGAGCUUCGCAUCCAGCCAGGCAAUCCCAAUUACACGCUUUCUCUGAAAUGCCGUGCCCCUGAGGUGUCCCAGUACAUCUACCAGGCCUACGAUGCCAUCCUGAAGAACUGAUGGAGCUCUGCCUGUGCCUCACCCUGCAGGAGGACAGAGAAACGGUCCCUGGGUCCUCCUCCACUGCUGGUGUGGGGAAAAGCACCCUUAAACUGGAAGCAGCUGUAUUCAUGUGUAGGAUUUCAGUCCGAGGCACUGAUUAAACAAGGUAGCAAUUAGUAUCCACAUGCUAACGAUGAUAGGGAACAAACCCCUUUGAUAUUUUUAGCGUCCAUGGAGUUUGUAACCACUGCUUCAACUCCCCCCCUCCCUCCAUCCCCUUUGCCCCUCUCUUGUCCAUUCUCGUGGGCUUCUCCAUUUUGUGCCAAUGUCAGUGUUUUCUAAAUGGCUUUAGGUGUAGUUCUGAUUUUGUAAAAUACUGCUCACUGGAAAAGAAAAAAAAAAAAACAACACAGAAAAACCCAACCCACAGCUUAUUAAAACAAGGCAAAAUGGUCGAAAACAUACACUGCACUUUAUUUUAUAUUUUUAUACAUUUUUUGUUUUUUUCCUUAUCUGUGAUUGGCUUUAAAGGGAAAGUGAUUCUGUGGAAGUGGUGGGCACCCUGCAGGGCUGGCUGUGAGGAACAGAGCCAUGUGCUGCACCUGUGGAGCUGAGGGGCUCUAAAUGCAGCAAGGGGUUUUUGUUGGGCCUCAGCUCUGCUCCCUAUGAUGUUUAACUCCAUCCAUCAUCUCCCUGCCCUGUGAGCUGCCAAGUAAGGAGGGAAACUCCUCGUGUGUGGGGAGGGGCUGUGGACAGAUGGCUAAUGGGACAGUGGAGGACAAAAUGAGAACGGGCUCACUACUAGGGCAAAAGCACGGGCUGUGUUCUCUGUGUCCUCACCAUCUGCAGCUCCUCCUCUUGCUCUCUCUGCCUUUCGCCCAACCCUUGAGCUGUGCCCCUGCACCCAGUGCUGUAC